UGCCAUUUAAAAGGUCCGGAACUAAAUGCAGCUGUAAACAACCGAAGCGUGCCCUUGUAGAUACCAUACAGUUGAGGUUUAUAUACAUUUCAAGAGUACACGUUUUAGAAUAUAUAUAUAUUUUUGUGCUACAGUCAUGCCGACUUCCCCCGUGAAGACACGGAUUCCGCUGACAAGUUUUGGUCAUCUUAUAAGCGAAGUGAAGAGACAGCUCUUCGGGAUUGAAGCACCAUCCCCAACAGAACUGACUGGAUGGAGGAAACAUUUUAACAGCUACACAAUACAAGGACGCAGAAAUUUUGUUCUUGCCACAUAUGGUGUUCUUGCACUCACAGCUGCUGCCUACAUGCUGAGACGCAGCAGCAGGAAGGAGGAACAUGAAACAGCAUCUGCCUCCUCAUAAACUAAAAUGGAAAGUUUGGGGGGUUAAAAAUACAAUAAAAUAUUUAUGAUCACUA